AUGGGCACUUGUGCGUCUACAGACGGUGAGCCCGGGCUUCAGAGCAAAGGCGCCUCCUUCAUCUCCAAUACGAGUGAUGUCAUUGACAGGCUGGAGGCGGCCGACGGACAGGACAACCUCGUGGUGGUUGCCAGCCGUAAUGUUAACACGGAGGUCAUCCGAUCACAACGCGUAGAGGCUGCCGUUGCCUCUCGUGGUGUUAAUCAGUUUGCACGGAGCCAAACUCGCACCGCCUUGCAAGACGAAGCAGUUAGCUCAACUAUGAGAAGUAGCUUUCAGAAGAUGGCGACAUCUUUGCGCUUGUCCCGCAUGGGGACCAUGAAACGAGAGCAGAUGAUCAAGGAAGUGACGGCUGCAGCCCCUCAACAAGGUUUGACAGGUGCGAGCUUGGAGACCCGGCUUGCAACCUUUGGUAUGCAGAUGCUGGAGAUGGAGGGUGAUGGCAAUUGCCAGUUUCGCUCCAUGGCCUUUAAUUUGUUUGGAAAGCAGGACUACCACGCCUCGCCUCGGCAGGCUGCGGUGAAGCACAUGAAAAAGCACUCGGACUUCUUUGGCGUCUUUUUCGAGACUGGGGCCGAGUUUUCGCGAUACUUGCAGAACAUGGCCCGCAACGGGACAUGGGGCGACGAGCUCACGCUUCGAGCCGUUGUGGAAGCCUACGGCUGCGUAGCUCACGUCGUCACUUCUGAGCCGACAAAUUGGCAUUUGGUCUACGAGCCCGAAGGUUUGGAUCCUCCAGAUCUAAACAUUGCCAUUUGCCCGAAGGGCGUGGGAAUGCCGAAAAGCAGGAAGCGAAUUUUCUUGUCAUAUAUCUCGCCCAUCCACUACAACGCCAUCAUCUCACGUCCUGGGUCUUGA